AUGGCCAGGACUUGGCUGCUGCUGCUUCUCCCGGCCCUCGGGUGUCCAGCCCUGCCCACGGCGGUAACCACCCUCCUGAGGCUGGCACAACAAGGUGUGGGCGGCACACCCUUCCCUUCUCUGGCCCCACCAAUCACGCUGCUGGUGGACGGGAAGCAGCAGACGCUGGUGAUCUGUCUGGUCCUCGAUGUUGCACCCCCUGGUCUUGAGAGCCCCAUCUGGUUUUCAGCUGGCAAUGGCAGCUCACUGGAUGCCUUCACCUACGGCCCUUCCCCAGAGGCUGACGGCACCUGGACUAGCUUGGCUCAGCUCUCUCUGCCCUCCGAGGAGCUGGCAGCCUGGGAAAACUUGGUCUGCCACACUGGGCCUGAGGCUGGAGACCAGAGCCAGAGCACACAGCCCCUACAGCUGUCAGGAGGGGCUUCCUCAGCCAGGACUUGCCUCUGGGAGCGUCUCACGGGGACUCGGGGCCAGACGCUGCGGCUUGGGGCGCUGCGCCUACUGCUCUUCAAGCUGCUACUGUUGGACGUGCUCCUGACCUGCAGCCGCCUCCGCGGCCUGCCCUCCGCGCGGGGGGGACCCCGGGCUCCCCGCGCCCCAGUGGGCCGGCAGGUGCACCGCUGUCUCCCGCAGCCUCCGCCCGCGGGCGCGCCCUCAGCCCCUGCCGCCUGCACUGGCCGCAGUUGGGGGCGCACCGCAGCCCCGCCGGCCCGGAGCCCCGGAGCCCAGGCUGGGAGGAGGGGAGGCUCUCUACCCACCGAGCUUGGGCCUGGUGCUCUUGGAAGUUUCUGGGGCUGGGCUCUGUCUCCCGCCUCCAAUUGA